CGUCAGUGUGAUACGCGAUCUCGCUAAAUGAGCCGAAUAAAUUGUGUUAACUGACUCUUGUUUGAACCGACUUUGAUUGGUAUUCAUAGUUGUACCCUCUGCCGUUAUAUAUUCCAAGGAAUACGACGAUAUGGGUCGGCUGGUGCGAUCGUGCAGUGGAGAAGUAAAUGUAAACAAAUGCGAAGGAAUGUGCACCAGUCAAGUUCAGCCAUCUGUUGUGACAGCUACAGGUUUUUUAAAGGAAUGCUUUUGCUGCAGAGAAAACUACUUACGCGAGCGAUUAGUGACUCUUACUCAUUGCUAUGAUCCAGAUGGUCUUAGAUUUGAUGAUGAAGAUAAUGCUGUUAUGGAAGUCAAAUUAAGAGAACCAGAUAACUGUAAAUGCCAUAAAUGCGGAGAGUUUAGUCGAUAAUACUGCUUUUCUAAGGUACCUACCUACCAGUGUAUGACGACUUGUCCAUGACAUUAUUAGGCGCUUGAUAUAAUGUUAUUUUGAAACGUAAAUAUUAGAUAGGUACCUACCUACUUAAGUAUUCUACAAUAUUAUUUAGUUAGAAGUUUAAGACUGUAACUAUAUGUUAUUAUUAUGGUCAAGGUCAAAAAUGUAGUAUAGUCCAAUAAGGUAAAUAAUAAUAUCUUUAAAAAUACGUAAUACCUAAGUAAAAUUAAUGUGUGUGCAUAAAAGUGUUAAGUAAUAUGAUUAAAUGUAAAAUACAACAGACAUUUACAGCUGAAAUCAGCAGUACCUAGAAUAUUUAUAUUUCAGGGUAAGUUAAGCUGAGGCAGUUGUUUUUCUACUGUUUUAUUAUUAUGUAACUUUUUGUGCUAAUAUUGGUCAAAAGUACCCAAUUUUUUAACUUCAAAUUAUGAGUG